AUGGCGCCUAAAGCCGAAUUCAGUUUUCGAUCAUUCCGCUGGUUUCUAGCCCUGCUAUUUGCUGUGAAAGAAGUGAAUGAGACACCUGGGGCUUUGCCAAACCUUACAUUAGGUCUCAGGGUGCUGGACACAUGCAGUGAUGCAAGAGAGGCCCUGCGGGGGGCAUCAUUUCUCAUCACAGGUGGUCCAGAAGGAGCCUUCAGCCACAGAUGCUGGGGAUUGCAUUACAGAUUGGCCGCCAUGCUCAGUGACGCAGGGACAGAAUCUGCGCUAAGUGUGGCAAACGUGAUUGGCAUAUACAACUACCCACAGAUCAGCUACUUCACUCCCCCACUUCAGUUCAGCAAUCGUGUCUUGUUUCCUUCAUCACUCAGUGUGGCCCCAGCCCUUUCUUCUCAUGCCAAGGGCCUUGUCCAACUGAUUCAAACUUUUGGUUGGACCUGGGUGGGAGUUCUUUCAGAAGUUGGGGGAGUUUCUACUGUGGCUCAAACCUUCAUUGAGGAGCUGAAGACCACCAGGGUCUGCUUGGCCUUCUGGGAAAAUGUUCCUUCUGCUCUAAUAGAUAUAAGCAAUGUGGCAUCAGUUAUCAAACGGUCCACAGCUAAUGUAGUAGUUGUCUUUUCACUUGAAUCUUACCUGAACCCUGUACUGAUGGAUCUUGCUUUGUCUGUGGACACCAAGGCAAAAAUUUGGAUAUUCACUGAGGGUUGGUCUACAUCUCCAAGACUGGUAAAUCCAAAGCUCUCACACUUUCUCCAUGGAGCACUGGGAGUUGCUCCUAGAAAUGGGGCAGCUCCCGGAUUGAAAGAGUUUGUACUGGGGCUUCAACCAAAUCAGAUACCUGAGAACCAAUUCCUUAUGGAGUUUUGGCAACUGGCAUUUAGCUGUAGGUGGGGUAUCACUAAUAAUGAGUCUUUGUACUGGACUAUAUCUACUAACACUUCAUCAGUCUUCUCUGAUUAUCACUUUUCCUCCACAACUUCCUUGCAAUUCACUGUCUCCACUUCUGCACUUAACAGCUCUGACACUUUGCCUAUUUGCACUGGACUGGAGGAUCCUGCCUCUUUGCAGAUAUUUUCAGAUAUCAAUAGCCUUCGGGUAACUUAUAAUGUCUAUAAAGCUGUGAGGAUGGUGGCCCAAGCUUUGAAGGACAUGGCAACCUGCAAAGAUAGGGAAGAUGGAUCGAUUGAUCGAGGAAGUUGUGUAGACAUGCAACAUUUUCAGCCCUGGCAGUUCCUCUAUCACCUUCGCAGGGUUCACUUGAAAGGAAAUGUUGACGAUGACUUAUAUUUUGAUUCUCUUGGAAAUGCACCAGCAGUGUAUGACAUCAUCAAUUGGCAGGAAGAACCAUCGGGUCUCGCCAGUUUGGUAAUUGUGGGAAUGUAUGAAAGUGGUGUCCUUCAACGUCAAAACAUUAUCAUUGACUACGCUUCUAUCAAAUGGGCAAAGGGCAUUAAGCAGCCACCUGUUUCAAAGUGUUCAGAAAAUUGCCCACCUGGCUUCUGGAAAUCCCCACAGCAGGGGCAGCCUCCUUGUUGCUUUAAUUGCAUUACCUGCGCUGCGGGUGAAAUCUCUAACCAGACUGACUCCUUAGAUUGUUUCCUGUGCUCAGAUGACAAAUGGCCCAAUUUGGCACGUGACCAAUGUCUUCCACGGGAGGUUGAGUUACUGUCCUUCACUGAUCCUCUAGGAAUCUCACUGGGAACGACAUCCAUCCUUGGCUCCGCUCUGCCAGGAUUUGUUUUGUUUCUCUUCAUCAAGAAUCGAGAUACCCCACUAGUCCGAGCCAAUAACCAGGCCCUCAGCUUCCUACUACUUGCCGGUCUUACUUUCUGUUUCCUCUGCCCUGUCCUCCUACUCCUCCCACCAGGCAAUCAAAUGUGCCUCAUACGUCAGGCACCAUUUGGAGUGCUCUUCACCUUAUGUGUAUCUUGCCUUUUGGCCAAAACCUUCAUUGUUGUCCUAGCGUUCCGAGCUAACCAACCUGGGGGAUGUAUCAGAGUGCUAAUGGGACCUCGCUGGCCCAUUUUGAUUGCCCUAAGUUGCACUUUCCUUCAGUUCAUUUUUUGUCUCUUUUGGAUCAGUGUAGAUCCUCCAUUUCUAGAGCAUGAUGUUAAAAGCCAGCUGGGAAAAGUAAUAAUCCAAUGUAAUGAUGGUCUUGGCUUCUGGCUCAUGCUGUGUUACCUAGGUCUUCUGUCUGCUAUAUGUUUUUUAGUUGCCUUUUUGGCAAGAAAACUACCUGGAGCCUUCAAUGAAGCAACUCAUAUCACCUUCAGCAUGUUGCUGUUCUUGAUUGUCUGGGUGUCUUUCGUCCCACCAUACCUCAGCACACAAGGCAAACUGUCCGUGGCAACAGAAAUCUUUGCCAUCCUCUCCUCUAGUGCAGGACUUCUGUUUUGUAUCUUCUUUCCAAAAUGCUAUAUUAUUCUUCUGCAGCCCCAGCUCAACACAAGGGAAUUGGUUUCUGGUCACCAAAGAAAACAUUCAAGGAAGAAUUUCAGAUCCUCAAGAAAUGAAAUGGAAAGCAAAUACUCAGCUAGGACAUAGUUCUUUGAAAGCACACUUCCAUUACCAUAACCACUACAUCACAUUCUAGUGGUUAUGGUGAGAACGGUCUGUAGGUGCAAUCUGUUUACGAACAAUCUGAUAAACAAAAUGUGUCUCUCUCAUUGAUUAAAGCUAUGUCUGACUCCUGCAGGUCAGAUAAUGCAGAAGCAAAGUUUGGACAGUGAUGAUAGACUGAGAAGGCUGGGUUAGCACAGUGCUUUUGGCUUAUCAUAAUGUUUCGAGUAUCUCUUUGAAUUCAGAACCAACAAAAGAAGUAAUAAAGCUGAGUUUUGGUGAUUUGUAGUAACUCCUAACCUCAUGUAUGUUGAAAAGGAUCCUGAGA